AUGGAGAGCGAACCCCCUCCCUUUCCUGAAAGCAGGGCUGCGAGUUGCUCUGGGGAUGCAGGUGGAGCUAGCUCAGCCUCUGUAUCCUGGUUGCAGGUACGAGAAUGGAAGGAGCAAGGCAGCAAGACCUUCAUGUGCACGGGGCGCCCUGGCUGGCUCACUGUCUCGCUCCGGGUUGGGAAAUACAAGAAGACACACAAAAACAUUAUGAUCAACCUGAUGGACAUUCUGGAGGUGGACACCAAGAAACAGAUUGUCCGUGUGGAACCCUUGGUGACUAUGGGUCAGGUGACCGCCCUGCUGACCUCCAUUGGCUGGACCCUGCCUGUGUUGCCCGAGCUCGAUGACCUCACAGUGGGGGGCUUGAUCAUGGGCACGGGCAUCGAGUCAUCGUCCCACAAGUAUGGCCUGUUCCAGCACAUCUGCACCGCCUACGAGCUGGUCCUGGCCGAUGGCAGCUUUGUGCGAUGCACCCCGGUGAGUUCACAGUCCGAUGCCCCACCUGCCUGUCCUGGGCACCCAGGAGCCUGGCACUGGGGAGGUGGCGCCUUGGGUGUGCUUUAUCUCAAAUACCGUGGUUCAGACCGAAGGAAUCAUCAGCUGAACAGACCAUGUAGGCCUCGGGGCCACAGGGACUGGUGCUGGAGAAACACAUGGGUUUACUCUCUGAAUAGCAUUGGCAAUUACUACAAGCCCUGGUUCUUCAAGCACGUGGAGAACUACCUGAAGACAAACCGAGAGGGCCUGGAGUACAUCCCCCUGAGACACUACUACCACCGGCACACGCGCAGCAUCUUCUGGGAGCUCCAGGACAUCAUUCCCUUCGGCAACAACCCCAUCUUCCGCUACCUCUUUGGAUGGAUGGUGCCUCCCAAGAUCUCCCUCCUGAAGCUGACCCAGGGCGAGACCCUACGCAAGCUGUACGAGCAGCACCACGUAGUGCAGGACAUGCUGGUGCCCAUGAAGUGCAUGAUGCAGGCCCUACACACCUUCCACAACGACAUCCACGUCUACCCCAUCUGGCUGUGCCCGUUCAUCCUGCCCAGCCAGCCUGGCCUGGUGCACCCCAAGGGAGAUGAGACCGAGCUCUACGUGGACAUUGGAGCUUACGGGGAGCCACGUGUGAAGCACUUUGAAGCCAGGUCCUGCAUGAGGCAGUUGGAGAAGUUUGUCCGCAGCGUGCAUGGGUUCCAGAUGCUGUACGCCGACUGCUACAUGAACCGCGAGGAGUUCUGGGAGAUGUUUGACGGCUCCCUGUACCACAAGCUGCGGGAGCAGCUCAAUUGCCAGGACGCCUUCCCUGAGGUGUACGACAAGAUCUGCAAGGCCGCCAGGCACUGAGCCGGAGCCUGCCCGCAGAGAGACACGUGUGUGGGCCCUGCCCCCGGGGCCAGCAGGCAUCUUCCCUUCACUCAAACUUGGCUGCUCUCCCAGAUCCACACUUCCAGAAGCAAACCCCUCCAGAAAUCCCACGCAGAGAGCCCCGACCGACCGCUCCCAGCUUCCAGGGGCCGCCCAGUGGAGUGGGAAGGACUUGGGAUAUGGAGUCAGGUAAACCUGCGUCCAGUUCCCGUUCAGCCACUCAUUCGCUGUGUGACUCUGAGGGAGUCACUCAGCCCCUCUGAUCCUGGCUCUUCAUCCAUUGACAGAGGGUAACAGUAUCUGCCUACAGGCUGUGGCAGCUGUCAUUGCUUCCCAUUCAGCAUCACAUCUGGCUGAAGUGCUCCGGGUUCAGUGGUUGAGUCCCGAGAGCUCCAUGUUGGGUCACCUGGGCACAGGCGUGGCUGGAAUGAUGUAAGGUUGCCCUGGAGUUGCACCGCUAUUGCUUCCGUCAGCUAGAAUUGCUCCUCACAGGAGAAGGAAGGUUCCUCUCCAUCCCUGGGGUCUCAGGAGGGCAACAGAUGGGCAGGCAGGCCCAAGAAGUGCUGUGCCAAAGCCAGGUCUGAUCCCAAAGUUUUCUCUGCCUCCUUGGUGAUCCUGCCCCUCCCUCCUUCAUGCUCAGGCUUGCAUGCCCCCGGCCAUCACCGAGUCUACUCCUAGUGGACCAUGUCCCUGGGGAAGACAUUUCAGGGUGAAUCCUACCCCGGCCAAGGCCUGGGAUUCCGGCACAGGUGGAACGAGUGGCUUCUGCUCUGAAUUGGAUCCAGAGGGUCUGGGCUCAUUCUUUGCUUCCCAGCCCCCAUGCCUCUUAUCCCCAGCACCUGCUUAGUUUUGGGGGUGCGUCUGCGUUACUCUGGUGUCGGGGGUGGGGUGGACCACACUCGCAGGAAAGUGGAGCCCGCCAUUGUUAGGUCCCAUGUGGAUCCUCACUGUGGGGCUGAAGGAAUAGAAUAUCAACUUGAUUUCUCCAACCACUCAUCCCCUUGGUUUCUUUCUCCCCCCACCCCCAGCUGUAGUUAAUUUCAGUGCCUUACAAAUUCUAAGCUCAGAGAAAAGUUAGCUCCGUUUCCGUUCCAGAGGGAAGGGACCCUCCCUAGGUCCUACCCCACUGACUAAAACUUGGUUGUUUAUGCAACUCCAUCUUAAGACCUGCCCAGCCUCAGCUAAAGACCCAGAAUCUGAGGAGGAAUUGUGCCCUGUGAGCGAAGCUGGAGUUGAGUGAGCCAUGCCAGGCAGUGGCAUCUGAGAGAGCUGAACGCACGCUGCAGCAGAGUCGGGAGGCCUGGGUUUCAGCCCCUGGUGUAUGGUCAGUGUGCUGUGCAGCUGUGGGCAAGUCCUUUGUUCCUCUGAACUACAGUUUGUCCUCGUUCCCUGGGGGCCAUGCUGCUAUAGAGGUGCAUGGCUCUCUCAGACCCCGUGGUUGCAAAACCCAUAGAAAGCCUCAUUUGUGUGGAAAGUCAGAGGAAAAAUAAAUGAACAAGUGGACCCUUGGGGGUGGUCU